AUGCCUCCGGAACGAACUAAUGUGCCGGUGAAGCUGUCUCUGCCGCUGCAAUAUCAGCAGGACAUCUUCACCGAGCUACGUGCCGAGGAUGAGCUAGUAAUCCUGGCCCGCGGCCUCGGCCUACUUCACUUAAUAACGAAUCUCCUUCACUUUUACGAUGCGGCUGGUAAUAAUCUAGUCCUGAUUGUCGGUGCAGAUGAUCGAGAGAAUGAAUGGAUUGGAGAAGCGCUGGCGGAGCACUAUGCUACCAGCAAGUCUCCACUCGCUAGGGGGUUGAAGGUUAUCAAUACAGAGAAGGCUACAGUCUCGAUGCGCGAGCGAAUCUAUGGAGAGGGCGGCAUCCUCAGCGUAACAUCUAGGAUAUUGGUUGUUGACUUGCUGUCGAAGCUACUCGACCCCGAGAAGGUUACUGGAAUGAUCAUUUUACAUGCUGACAAGGUCGUCGCAACUUCCCUAGAGGCAUUCAUUAUUCGAGUCUACCGACAAACAAAUAAGCGUGGUUUCCUUAAAGCCUUUUCAGACUCCCCCGAGCCUUUUACAACCGGAUUUGCCCCACUGGCGAACAUGCUGCGCAAUCUAUUCCUCCGCAAAGCAUCACUUUGGCCCAGAUUUCAUGUUUCUGUGGCGGAGGCCCUCGAAGGCCACCGCAAAGCAGAAGUGAUCGAGUUAGAUGUUCCGAUGAGCGCCAAAAUGAGAGAGGUCCAGAAUGCAGUUCUUGAAUGUGUUGAGCUCAGUAUCGCCGAACUUCGAAAAUCUAACACUGGGCUAGACAUGGAGGAAUGGACGCUUGACAGCGCUUUGCACAAAAACUUUGAUGUUUCUAUCAGACGGCAGCUGGACCCAAUAUGGCAUCGUGUAACUUUCAGGACCAGGCAGAUUGUCAGUGAUCUCACAGACCUUCGAGCCAUUCUUCAUGCUCUGCUUACUUAUGAUGCCGUGUCUUUUGUGAAAUAUCUGGAUACAAUAGUCGCGGCACAUGCCCCACCUCCCGGUUCAAACAAACAUAAUCACUCUCCUUGGCUAUUUCUUGAUGCCGCUCAUGUUCUUUUCCAGACAGCUAGGUCAAGGGUCUAUGAAGGAAAACUGAACAGUGAAAUGUCUCUUGCCUGGUCAUCUACCAAUUUUUCAGCAGAGUUGCAACCCGUCUUGGAACCUCUUCCCAAAUGGAGGGUGCUAGCAGAGGUCCUUGAAGAGAUUGAGCACGAUACUUAUCUUCAUCCCGCAAGUAAGGAUGAAUCUAACAGUACGAUCUUGAUCAUGUGCAGUGAUCAACGAACAUGCCGUCAACUUCGCGAAUUUAUCAGCACCAUGCACGUCAGAAUGCCACACGGAUCAGACGUAAGAGGCGAGGAUGAUGAAAGGGCUGAAGAAGGAUCUUCUGCUGAAAUUAUGAUGCGGCGUCGACUGCGAGACUAUCUUAAUUGGAAGCGGUCGCUCUCCAAGGUCAACAAAAACCUAUCUCAGUCUGGGGAGAACGAUAAAUCUGGAAGACCUGAAGCUUCUGCAAUAGCUCAGCAACAAGGGAGACCUCCCCCGAAUAAACGCCGCCGAGUGCGUGGGGGAGGAGCAGUGAAUUCCGCCUCUGGCCGCGUACCAAAUAGCAGUGUUCAAAACGAGGUUGAGCUACCAAGUCAGGUUGUCAGCCUCCUGGAAGACAUCCAACCCACCGAAAUUGAGGAAAUGCAGAAAGAAGAGAUUGUUAUAGACGACCUUGAGGUCACGGAAGAUUAUUACGAACUAUACGACAUGGACGAACUAGUCAUGAUACAUCCAUAUGACGGUGACAUGGAUGAGCAUAUUUUAGAGGAAACUCGACCUCGUUACAUUAUAAUGUACGAACCAGAUGCAGCAUUCAUUCGCAGGGUGGAGGUCUACCGCAGCUCCCAUGUAGGAAGAAAUGUGAAGGUAUAUUUCAUCUACUAUGGCGGCUCAGUGGAGGAACAGCGUUAUUUGAGUGUCGUGCGACGAGAAAAGGAUUCAUUUACCAAGCUGAUCAAAGAGAAAGGGAAUAUGGCUGUAACCCUGACGCAUGAUAAAAGUGCCGAAGAUCCUCAGGAACAAUUCCUUCGCACAGUCAACACUCGAAUCGCCGGAGGCGGACGUCUGGCAGCGACGGCGUCUCCUCCACGAGUAGUGGUUGACGUAAGAGAGUUUCGAAGUGCUCUCCCAUCUCUCCUCCAUGGCAAUAAUAUGGUUGUGAUUCCUUGCCAGUUAACUGUGGGUGAUUACAUUCUCACGCCAGACAUCUGCGUUGAACGAAAAUCAAUCCGUGAUUUGAUCACCUCUCUCCGCAAUGGCCGCUUAUAUAACCAGGCCGAGACGAUGCUCCAGCAUUACAAGAACCCCCUUCUCUUGAUCGAGUUUGACCAGAACAAAUCUUUCACCUUCGAUGCUUUUGCAUCCAUCACUACCAAUAGUACCUUCCUGACUGAUUAUGGUUUUUCGUCCUCUGGACAGGCUACCAGCUCAAGCAGCAGUGCCCUUGCCAACCCCUCAAACCCCAAAUCUGCUCAACAUCUCUUGGUCCUGCUCACCCUGGCUUUUCCAAAGCUGAAAAUAAUUUGGUCCUCCUCGCCCUACCAGACCGCCGAGAUUUUUUCUGAGCUUAAGAAGAAUAGCGCUGAGCCUGAUCCUCUUCGAGCUGUACAGAUCGGUCUUGACAUUGAUCUCUCUGGGUCUUCACAUCCGGGCGACGUCAUGGCUGCAGCUGGAAUUGAACACAGAACAUUCAAUCUCCUACCACAGGAUAUGCUACGUGCUGUGCCUGGUGUCACCCCUCAGGCACUCGAUCGAUUGAUUGUCGAGACAGAAAACAUCCACGAAAUUGCAAACAUGGACGUAGAACAGCUUGAUCCGCUGGUCGGAAAAGAAGCUGCUCGAAAAAUCGUUGCUUUCUUCCGGAAGAGUGUUUUCGAGGACUGA